UCAUUGGUUUUUGCACAAAUAUAAGUUAUUUCCCAAAAAGUGCGCACACACCAAAAUUUCUCCGCACACAUACUACAAAAAAUUAGAGGGAACAUUGUUGGCGGCCCACCAGUGGGCCGCAGACCACCGGUUGAGAAGCGCUGAACUAAACUGAAAACUCGUUUCGCUGACCGCAACACUAUUCAAAAUUGGUACUUCUCCGCGGGCCGCAUAUUUUCCCCUUGCGGGCCGCAUUUGGCCCGCGGGCCGCACUUUGCACAUCCCUGCGUUAGAAUAUGUCAUUGUUUCUCGAAAAUCUCUGCAGACAGCGCGACGCAAACACGGGCAUGCUGCUAUUUAAAACGCGAGAAAAAGCUUCAUAACGUUAUAAGAUACCUGGUAAUCUGGUUAAAAGUACUUCUAUAUUAUCAAUACUGUUGGAAAAAAUGGAUUUAGAUAAAAUUGAAAGCAGAUUGAGUGUGAAUAACGUGCAGAUUCUUUCAAUAAUUUCGGUCACAUUGUCAGCUGCAAUUUCAGCUAUCACUCCACAAUCGGGUGUGUUCUACAAUGCUAUACCAAAGCACAGAUGUUCGUUACCUGAGUUUGAAGACGAGACUCUUUUUAAAAAUGCGAGUGAAGAUGAGAUAAAAUCCUUGGCUAUUCCUUUAGAUGAUUCCUGCCAUCGAUACAUCUAUAAUUCAACGGAAUGUCUGAUAUCUGGAAAUUUAUCAUGUCUAAUUAACGCAUCUGGUGAUGGCAUAAUGAAAUGCGACAAGGGCUAUUAUUACGACAAGAGUUACUACGAUAACACAGUUGUGACAGAGUGGGACCUGGUUUGUGACAGACGUGUUUUAAAUUCCGUGUUACAAUCACUGUAUUUUGUUGGAAUACUCGUUGGAUCUACCCCAGCUGGAUAUAUCUUUGACUGGUUCGGACGUAGACUAUCUCUUCUCAUUCUUUCUGUUGGGUUAAUGGUAUCUGGAAUAGGCUGCACAUUUGCUCCGACGUUCGAGGUUUAUUGCAUAUUUCGUUUUCUGGAAGGUGCCACAGGAUUGGCAUUAUACGGCGCUGCGUUUUCCUAUGAUGGCUACUUAUGAAAGGAAGAGAAAUAGAAGCAAGAAAGGUACUGAACCGAUAUGCCAGAAGUAAAGAUACAAUUAUAAAAGACGAAGAUUGGCAAAUAAUACUCGAAACAGAAAGGAAAAAGAUGAAAUUUGUCAACACCAGAACUCAUCUGACCGAUCUCUUCCGCCGGCCAUUCAUAAGAAUCGUAUCGCUUGUUAUAAUGUAUAUUUGGCUCGUCGCCCACUGUGUUUACUACGGUCUUGUUCUAAACGUCGGUUCCCUUAUGGGGGAUCCUUACUUAAAUGCAACCCUGAAUGGUUCGACUGAAAUCAUCGCGGUACUUGUCUUCGCUAUCGUCAACAGAAGAUAUGGAGCCAAACAAUGUCUUAUAGUCGGAAUGUUUGGUUCCAGUUCAUUAUGUUUUACAGCAAUGAUUACAGGGAAAAUAGAUGACACAAAUGAAACUGCACUACAAAUUGUACGAUGGGCUUCUAUUGCUGGAAAACUCUUUACUACUGUUGCCUUCUUCGCUUCGUACCAAUAUACGAACGACGUUUUUCCAAUCAUCACAAGGGGCAAGGCCAUGGCGCUCGCUUCCACAUGUGCGAGACUGGGUUCUAUAAUCAUACCAUUUGUUAUUCAAACAACGUUUGAUACAUUAUGGAUUACACAAGCUUUAUUCGGAGUUCUUGGACUCAGUGCUGGUCUGACAAUGUUGGUUAUGCCAAAAACUUCAUCUCAUUCUUUCACCACAACCAUACAAGAAGCAGAAGAAUAUUAUCAUAAAGAAAUGACCUGGAUAGCUAAAUUUGUCGGAAAACAGGUAAAAGUCACCAUAAAUAACAAUUCUUACAUGUAAAAUUCAUCAAUUAUCCACAAUCAACAAGAUACGAAUUUGGAGAAACUUAGUACGACGCCACUGGCACACACAUGAAUGAUUUACA